AUGUCUAUCGAGACUUUUGACGAAAUAUUUCCAGACAGCCCGCCUCAUCUCCCAGUUGCGGCACAUCACAUCCCAAUAUAUAGAAUGCCACCACGGAUACGCAUACGGCCACGCGCACUGUGCGCCUACACCUCCCACCCUACCACCACCCUUCACAUCCCAGUAUCCGCCAUAGCAACAUACGCCUCAGUCGCUACAUCCCCCGCGUCUACCUCUUCGCAUACCUUCACCGCCUCCUCGCCAAUCCUACGCUACCCACCCACGCAGCCACCCUCCCACAAGCCCCCGGAGGUCCGCAAGACCCAACUGCACCGCCAAUACCAAUCGCUGCUCAAAUCCUCCCCCCUCCUCCUCAUCUUCCAACACAACAACAUCAAAGCCGUAGAAUGGAUGAGCAUCCGCCGCGAACUCGCCCACGCCCUGCAAAAACUCGACGUCCAGCGCGCAAAAGAAGGACACAACGAACCCCUCGGCUCGGAAGUUAAACUGCAAGUCCUCCAAACCAACAUCUUCGCCAGCGCCCUCCGCGUCGUCGAAUUCUUCCACCCGGAAGAAGAAGCACAAGCAGCAGGACAAGGCAAAGAAAGCCAUGCCACAGACCCCCGCACAAAUUCCAGCGCGCAUUCCCCCGAACCACGCUUCACCCACGGCCUCUCCACCUACGCCCACCAAGUCGCCAGCCAGAAGAAACGCAAACUCGAACUGGACCCCCUACUCUCGGGCCCCCUCGCCGUCGUCGCCUUCCCCGUCGUCGCACCCGCCUACCUCAAAACCGUACUCUCCCUCCUCGCCCCCUCGAAACCAGACUUCCCCGCCCCGAGCAGAAAAUCCGCCCCAGACUACUACGAACCCGCCGUCCAGACCGGCCUGCAGAAACUCAUGCUCCUCGGCGCCCGCGUCGAGGGCAAGGUAUUUGAUGUCGAGGGCGCCAAGUGGGUUGGUGGAAUUCCUGGCGGUAUUGACGGGUUGCGUGCGCAGUUGGUGCAUAUGCUGCAGGGUGUUGGGGGUAGCUUAGUCGGCGCGCUCGAGGGCGCGGGACGGAGUUUGUAUUUUACGGUUGAGGGGAGGAGAAUGGAUUUGGAGGACAAGGAAAAGGGGUCUGGAUCUGUGGGUCAAGGAGAAGACGGCAAGGCGUAG